ACACAAAAACAGUUAGGAAAGAAUCAUUAGAAAGUCAUCCCAUUAGAAGUGCACAUUCUAUAAAAAUGCUGUGAUGAUCAUAAAUGUAAAUUACCCAUCUAUAUAAGCAAAUGUACGUGGUUCUUGCCGGUGAGUUUUAUUCAAAUAAUUUGCCGUGUACAAUACACACACAACUGCUACGGCCUUAUGGACAGCCAGAGAGGAAUAACAACUUCCAGAAGAAUUUAAAUAAUUAGGUUAUAUGAGGGGGCUUAAAGCAGAAAGGCAAUAAUGAAUGAUUGGGCACUUAAAUUGAAUUAGAGGCACACUUCUUGCCAAUUAUCCCAACAACACUCCAGAGUCAAAUGGCUCAUUAACUGUGCGGCAGCCAUUACAGUGGAGGAGAGGAUAUUGGAUCUCAAGCUUCUGUUUACACAGGCAGCACAACUCCUCUACAUCCUCUCUCUCCCUCACAAGGCUGCGUAUCCACACACCAGCUCCUUGACUGUUUGCCUCCGUACUUACACCAUUAGGGCUGAAUAUUUCGGUUCUCAUAGUUCUGCUGCUUGAGAGGGGGGUGUGCCGGGCUGUUUCACCCUCCCUGCUUCAAUCUGAGGUAGAGAUGGUGUACAGCGAGGCAGAGAGGAGCUAGCUCAGCCCUUCGAAGGACAGCUAGAGGACUUGGAGGAGCCUCCCCUCCCAGAGCACAGCGGGAGACUGACACAACAACCAGUUCCCUAGAGUCCCCCCCGAGGACCAGCCCACGACACACACAGGAUAACAUGACUUCACACUUCAACCUCAGUCAGUCAGCCAGCCAGUCGGGUCAGUGGGAGCUCAUGGCCUGAACCAGGCGGGAGGAGAACGAGCAGCCAGGCAGCCCAGAAAGGACUUCUCUUCCACCAGGAGGAUGCAGCCGGUGGCCCUGGUAUAUGCAGCUCUGAUGGUGGUGUCCAGUCUGUUCUCUGUGUGUGGUAACGUGGUUCUACUUCUGGUGGUUCUUCUCAACAAGGAGCUCCAUACCGAAACCUGGGCCCUGACCCUGAGCUUCUGCCUGAGUGACCUCGCCCUGGGUCUCUCAACCAUCCCCUUCGGAGCCCACAACAGCCUGCUCAGGCCGCAGGGCUACCCCAGCGACGGGUACCUCUGCCAGGGCAGCGCCUUCCUCUACCUGCUCCUUCAGCUGGGCUCUAUCCACUCCCUGACCUGGGCCACCGUCGACAAGUUCACAGAGAUCUGCUUCGCCCUGAGCUACAGCACCAUCUGCACGGCCAGGAGGACCAGGGUGGUGCUGGUCCUGGUGUGGCUCUACGGCCUGAUCAACGCAGCCUUGCCACUGCUGGGCUUCGGCCGCUACACCUACAGCAGCACCAGGUUCCUGUGUGCCCCCAGCUUCCAGCCAGACUACAGGGGCUUCAGUCUGCUCUUCAUCGUGGUCGGGAUCAUAGCACCCAUACUCAUCAUGUGCUCCAUGUAUGCGUACAUUGUGUAUAUUGCGAGGAAACAGGUGCGGCGAGGGACGUUUGUUUGCAACGACCAGCACUGUUUUUAUGUCCCUGCUAAAAGCUACUUCAGGAGCUCCAUAGUGAUGGUGGCAACUGUGGUGUUCCUGCUGGUGUGCUGGCUGCCUUACAUCGCCACCUGUUUCUAUGAGACGUUUAGUGGCCAUGAACCUCCAGCAGCAACCUCAGCCGUAGCCACCUGGCUCGUCCUCUUCACCUCCGCACUCAACCCAUGGAUCAACUCCAUGACGCAGAUGCGGUACAGAGCGGCUCUGCGGAAAAGCUUGAAUAAAAUACGCCAGCUGCUUCAGCACCGGCUGAAGAACUCCCACCCACAUCGCACCGCCAUCCAACUGGAGAUAGUGAGCCAUAAUCACCACCACCACAUCGCCAAGCCUUCACUCUGGUCAGACGACUCCAAGCCAGGUUCACCAGAGACUAGAUCCAUGUCGGAGGUGACCAUGGAGGAUAGUAAAGACACUGGGGACAGUAAGGGCAUUACACUGGACCAGGUCUGUCACUGCGGAACCAUCUGUUAAAAUUACUAGACUAACUACAUACUUGAUUUUAUGGAUCCCAGGACUCUCUGGAAAACAGUGGCAAUUGUUACUAUCCUGGCUAAAUAAAUACAAAUUAAUGAAUUAAAUGAAAGGUUGGGACUAAUCAACAAGGGAGGACUAUACCAAGGAUCACUGUGGCGACAAGAGGCAACAGUCUCCUGUUUGACGAAUGUGACAUCAUUGUGGUCCUUAGUGGCCAUACACCAAGACUGACAUAGCUAUCCUAUCUGUUCAGUUUCAGAUGAAAAAAGUUUGCUUACAACUUACACUGUCUGUUUAAACUACAAUGUUAAACUACAAUAUUUGAAUUACACAGCCGACUGUGCUAAACUGUUUAUAGACAAACAACACUGUCAGAGAUUAAGUCAAUCCGUUUACAGUCAAUAAAUAUUCAUCAAAACAAAUAAUACUGAUUCAUAAAAUGUCAAUUGUGUUCUUCCUUAAUGAAUAUACCUUGGGCAACACUGAGUCUAAAAUCAUUGACAUCUAGCUACCAGAUUAAAUCUACCAGAUUAGCAAAACUGAAAAUAUUGGGUUAGAGUGAAUGUGAUCAUCUCAAUAACAUUUCAGAACCAUCUUGUGCUAGCUACUGUUGGUACGCUUUAUAAAGAGGCCAUAGUGGUUUCAUAUACGAGCACACCAUCUGGUGGCAUAGUGAUGCAACUGGCCAGUACAGCAGUAGAAUAUCAUAGUAAUAGAAUAGCUAGUAUGCCAUCUGGUGGUGCAAUUCAAUUAUCUAAAUCUUUGGUACAAGUGUAACAUUUGCAUUUUAGUCAUUUAGCAGAUGCUCUUGGCAAACAUGGCUCCGUGGGCCGCCUAAUCUCAGAUUUGUGUGAUAUAAAACGACUACUCAGGAUCCUUCCUUCUCACUCCUGAUCACAACAGAAUGCAAAACAUGGCACUUGACAAGUAGCUUAGUGAUCAGAAUUCAGAGUGUGUAAUAUGAA